AACCUCUCCACAAAUGAACUGAACACAUGUAUAAGUAAAGCUGACCUAUCUUUAUUAAACUGUACUAACUAAAUUAGAGUAUGUCAGAGAACAACCAGACCAUCACUACUGUCGUGACAGAGUUUUUCAUUGUGGGUUUCCCAGGACUCCAACCUGAAUACAACAAUCUUGUGGCUGCCCUUUUCUUCUGUGUAUAUGUUGCUGUAUUAGUAGGUAAUAGUACCUUUACGAUGCUGUUUGCCAUUGAAACAAGCCUCCAUAAGCCCAUGUACAUCAUCAUGUUAAAUUUAGCUAUGUCUGAUGUAGGAUUCUGUACUGUGGCCCUGCCUAAGCUGAUCUCUCGCUACUGGUUUAACAAUGGCUCUAUUUCAUUCCAGCUCUGUCUGAUGCAGAGGAUAUUCAUUCACUAUUUUGGUACAUUAAAUUCUCUUAUUAUGAUGAUUAUGGCUCUAGAUCGUUAUCUGGCUAUCUGCUUUCCAUUCCGAUACCCUGUACUGAUGACCAACCAAGCCAUGGGCCUCUUGUCAGGGUUUUCCUGGGUGUCAGCCUUUAUCUCUCCUAGCAUUUCUGCUUCUAUGACUGCUAAGAUGCCAUUCUGCGGGCCCAAUCUGAUUAUAAAUUGCUUUUGCGAUACAAUGUCUAUGAAUAACCUUGCCUGUACUGAUACAAAAGCUGCCUAUCAAAUACAGUUCUCUUUAGCCAUGUUUGUCCUCAUUGUGCCCUUCUCGUUUAUCAUUAUCUCCUAUGUGAGCAUUGGGGUAAGUGUAAGUAAGAUCACAAACAAUCAAGGCAGAAUGAAGGCCUUUUCCACUUGUACCACACAGCUGGUCAUCAUUACCCUUUAUUACACACCUCGUGUCUUUGUUUAUGCGACUCCUUACAUUCCUAAUCUAAAAAUGACUGUUGAUCAGAAAAUGGUGUUCUCUAUGUUUUAUUUACUGCUGCCACCAAUAGUCAACCCUCUCAUAUACUGCUUCAGAACCAACCAGAUACAACAGCUGUUUAGAAAGGUUUUAGGGCUCAACAGGAUGAGUCAAAAAGUCAGUGUUGGAUUUUUCCCGAAAUGAGAGGAUGUUAUUCAUUCUCUAUAUUGCUCUUACUGCUUGAUAAAAAAACAACAGCAGGCCUCACUUGGUCAGUACACUUAAGCAGCUGGAGUUUGUAGAUGUUCAAAUUGUUAAAUUGUCUGAUGAAAUUUAGGUUCAGAUUAUUCAGAUUAUUAAUUGUGUCAGGAAAAAACAUUAGGAUCAGGACCAGCGCUAGAUUUAGAAACAGAGUAAAUAAAGUAGCAUUAGGUUUUGGGUUAAGGUUAAAGGCAGAGUUUGGUUUAGGAAAAUUAAGGUUAUUUAAAUAGAUAUGUCUCUGAUUGUAAGUAAAAGGUAAUUCAGGUAUCUACAAUGCAAAAUGUAGUGAUGUGUACUAUCUAAAUUAAGUGUAUUAAUGUAUUAAUAAUGUUGUGUAAUAUCAGUUCAGCUUGCUUCCAAGCUAUGUGAAAAAAUUAAUGUGUCUACUAAAUGUGAUUUUCCACACAAAAUAUCUAAAAUGCUUCAUAUAAAGAAAUGUUUACUAUGUGCAAGUAAUGAAAACUAUGUAUAUCUUGAUAAGGAUCUAUGUAAAACACAAAUGACAUCUUAAAGGUACUAAAAAAGUUUCAACUGUUUUCUUCAUUGGAGUUAGAUUUGGAUAUGUGUCUCCAUCUUGUGGUUAGUAUGACAUUUUUACUCGCAGUACCUCUCCGUAUAUACACUACUCAAAAUAAAU